GAAGAAUCAGCUCAAACGCAUAUAUUGUAGUCGUAUUACUGAAAUGUUUUCGGUUGAAGCUAAACAACAAUAAUGUCUGCAGUUCCGAGUUUGAGAGAGUUUGUCAACGAGAGACUGACUGCUGCUGCUGAAGAAAUAUUAGGAGUUUUUGAAAGAACUAUCGUCGAGUACGAGGAAGAGAUUGAUCGUCAGCGCAGACUGUUGAACAUCUUACCCACAAUAAAUGUACACAGGAUAGAGCUCCCUCAGCAACAUGUCUGUAAGGAGGAGGAGGUUCUCUCUGAGCAGCAGCUCUGUAUUCAGGAGAAAAACUACAGUGUGAACCAAGAGGACCCAGAGCCUCCACAGAUUAAAGAGGAACAAGAGGAGCUGUGCAGCAGUGAGGAGCAGCUUGUACUGAAGCAGGAGACUGAUGACUUUAUGUUGACUCCGACUUAUAUGGAAAGGGAUCACAGUGAAGAUCAGACUCUGAACCUGAGCAUCAGUGACACUCAGAGUCAAGGCGAGGAAAAGCCUCCUGGGCAGUUUCCACUUCAAUGCUAUGUACCAUCAGAAGAAGGGAUUGUAUACACAAACAGGGACCACCAGCUCCUCUCUCACAACUCUCCACUAGCUGAGAGCCAAGAUCAGAAAGUUAGCAAGCAUGGAGACUCAGGAUCAACUCACGCAGAGCCAGAAGUAAACCAGAGAGAUAACAUUAUUCAAAGUCAAAGCUACAAUGUUAACAGCACUACUAAGUCAAUAUUUCAUAAAUUAAAAUGUGAGAUAUGUGACAAAAGUUUUAAGUACAAGUCUAAAUUGCAGAGUCACAUGAGAGUCCACACAGGUGAGAAGCCCUAUUCUUGCAAAAUGUGUGGGAAAGACUUCAGAGGUAGAUGUGACUUAACCGUCCACCUGAGAGUCCACACAGGUGAGAAGCCAUAUUCUUGCAAAAUAUGUGGGAAAGACUUCAGACGUAAAUGUAACUUAACCCUCCACCUGAGAGUCCACUCAGGUGAGAAGCCUUACGAUUGCAAGACCUGUGGGAGAGGAUUCAGUGAUAUAUCCGCAUUGAAGAGUCAUCUAAGAAUCCACACAGGAGAAAAGCCAUUUUCUUGCCAAACAUGUGGAAAACAAUUCAGUCACUUAACAUCCUUUACGAUUCACAGUAGAACCCACACCGGUGAGAAGCCAUAUUCCUGUGAAACAUGUGGCAAAGGAUUCAAAUGUAGUAGUGAGUUAAAAGUCCACAUAAGAAGCCACACAGGUGAGAAGCCAUUUACUUGCCAAACAUGUGGGAAAAGAUUUAGUUACUGUUCAACAAUGACAAGGCAUUCAAGAAUCCACACAGAUGAGAAGCCGUUAAUCUGCACAACAUGUGGGAGAGUAUUCAGACACAACAGUGGUCUGUUAAAACACAUGAAAAAAGUCCACACUGGACACACACCUGAGGAUCAAUAUACACAGCAGAAACCAUCGAGCUAAAACUGCUGUGGGAAAAUGUUCACAAACUUCAUUAC